GCCAUUUUGUUCGACCGUUCACUCCCCGCCGGUCGACCGUAAUAAAACAGAGCCCACUCGCUCACACCAACUCAGUCUUGUGGCGCGAAACUGACGGAGCUGUCAAAACGGGACGCGGGAAUCGCCAUUUUUAUUUUUUUUGAAAACGCAUUUUUUUUGUUAAACGAAUCCUAGAAAAAUGAAAUACCUUAUCGUACUGGCCGUUUUCGCUUUGGCGUUCGCCGCUGAAGAGAAGGAGGAGAGGCCGAAGACAUUCAGGCGGUUGAUUCCAGCUGACGUUUUAAGAGAUUUCCCCGGAAUGUGCUUCGCGUCCACCCGCUGCAUCACCGUCGAGCCCGGCAACACCUGGGAGCUGUCUCCGUUCUGCGGCCGCAGCACCUGCGUCGUCAGCGAGGACCAGCCCCCCAGGCUGCUGGAGCUUGUCGAAGACUGCGGACCUCUGCCACUCACCAACCCCAAGUGCCAAUUAGAUACCGAAAAGACCAAUAAGACCGCUCCCUUCCCUGGCUGCUGCCCGAUCUUUACCUGCGAGGAGGGCGCCAAGCUGGAGUACCCUGAGCUCCCCACCCCUCCCCCAGAAGACAAGAAAGCGGAGGAGAAGCCUAAAGCUUAAAAAGUAAAACUACAAAGUCCAUACAUAACCCACAACGCGCCAUGACAUUAACGAAAUCAAAAUUUCGCGCGUUUUUUUUUUUUUUUUCGUUCGUAUAUUCUAUAGCACUGAUUUACAAUUUUUUUUUCUGUAACGUUUGGAUUACACAAAAUUACACAAAAUUUAAGAUUUCAUAAGAAAAACUUUAUGCCAUAGGUCUCCUUGCCAUAAAUUCGAUGCUCGGAAUUUUACGAAUGGAAAUAUCUGUAAAGUGGGAUUUUAAUAAAAUUGGUCUCAAACCUAACCAAAUUAGAAAGUCAAUUGACUUUAAAAAAAAAUUGUUUUAUAAUCACCGGUCACAGUGGCCGGGUCCGAAAGCUAUUUCCUGUUUCCUGUUCUUUAUUCGAAAAGCGACCGUUAGUUGCCGUCAUGGCAAUCGAAUCGCAGUUUAAAAAAAAAAAAAAGAAUAGACUCAAACGAUUUUUUUUUAGAAUUUUAUCAGAUUUUUAUAUGAAUAAUUUAAUAUUUUUUUGUGAUAAAUAAUACGUUAAUGUAUAUAUAUAUUAGAACAAAAAAAGAUAUUCAAUAAAAAAAAUAUGUAAAAUUUUU